AGCAUCAUAAUCAUAAUAAUCAACAUCAACAUAGUCGACAAUCAAAAUCAUCAACAAAGAUGUCAUCAUCACAACAUCGAUUACAAUCCAAAUUGUCAUCACCAUUGUCAUCAUUGUCAUUAUCAUCACCAUCGAAAUUGUUAUCCAUAAUGCCCAGAAAAACAUCCUCAUCAUCAACAAAAAGCUUAAUAAUGUUGUCAACAAUCAUGUUGAUGAUGAUGGUGAUGACAUUCACACCGAUAUCGGUUGUUCAUUCAUUACCAAUUGUUGAAUCAACAUUAACGACAACGGCAACAUACGAUAAUAGUAAUAGUAGCAGUAGUAGCGAAACUAUUACCGAAUCGAUUCCAUUACAUCGUUUUGUUCGGCAAACAACCAAAAAACGAGAUGAAAAUACAGCCAAUAUCAAUGAUAAUGGUGAAGAUGAUGUACGACCAUAUCUACAUUUUGAAAGUAUGUUACCAGAACAGGUUGUUAUUGAACAAGAUGAACGAUAUGUACUUGAAUGUGAUGUUGCCGGCACACCUAAUCCAAUAAUCUAUUGGCUUCGUAAUGGAAAAUUAGUUCAUCCACAACAGCAGCAACAAUUACAAAAGAAUUUGGUCGAUUUGGAUGAAAGUAGCAAUGAUGUUGUAUCACUUUCAAUGCUUAUGUUAAGCAGUAGUAUACGGCCAUCAUCGUCAGACCAUCUUGGCUUAUCACGAGUUAAAUCUCGUUUAUUUCUCGAAUGUUUGAAUCCAGAAACAGAUUUGGGCACUAUCUAUACGUGUGUUGCAGUCACACCAUUUGAACAGAAACGUUCGAAUACAAAAGUAAUCAUUGUUCCACGUCGAUCAUCAUCACCAUCAUUAAAUCCAAGGUAUAAAGGUGGCAAUGAAAAGGAAAUGGAAUUGUUUGGCAAUUCUUUGAUUGAAAAUUCAUUAAUUCCCAUUGCAUCAUCUCCGUCAGCAAAUUAUCAUAAAAUAAUCAAUAAUCAAUCACCAAGUGGUAAUGGUCUUGCUUCUGCCGUUUCAUGUUUGGAGAAAAAAUCUCUAAAUUCACCUGCAAAAAUAUAUUUCUGGACACAAACGCUCAUGGAAAAUAUGGGCAAUAAUGUCAUUAUUCAUUGUCGUGCUACCGGUUUUCCAAAACCUCGAAUCAAUUGGUUUGUCAAUGGACAAAUAACAUCAUCUAUAAAUGACAAAUAUCAAAUAUUACCUAAUGGAGAUCUAUUUAUCCACAAUUCUACUUUUGAUGAUAUGGGCGUUUAUCAAUGUAUGGCAUCCAAUGAAUUUGGUUCGGAUUCAAUUGAUGAGAUUUUCUUCUAUCCAACAAUGAAGGAAUAAAUAUCAAUAAUGAAAUAAUUCAAACGGAAAC